GAGAAAAUAAGAGAAAAAAAAAUUAAAAAUGGCGUCAUCGGCGACAUAACCUUAAAGAUGUAUUAGUGAUAUUUGCGUUGUUCAAUAAUAUUUGCACCUUGUUUUUAAAAGAGCUGAAAUUUAAUUAUAGGUUCUCAUUACAAGAUUAUACAGAUAAACAAGUGAUAUGGCUGACGCAGCUGCCAGGCAGCUCCAGUACGAGUAUAAAGCGAACUCCAAUCUCGUACUCCAAGCUGAUGUAAGGCUCAUAGAGAGACGUGGACGAGAUGAGGCCACUGGGGAGGUCUUGUCCUUGUCCGGGAAACUGGGAGGGACAAGGAUGGGCGAUCGGGCUCAACGCACCAAGCCCGAAAAAGCCGAGGAGAGAAAAGCUAAACGUCAAAAGCGCGAUGAAGCUACCUACGAGUUGACUAAAUCCAAAACGGCCCGUGUAGCAUGGGCUGAUGAUACACCAGGAGUCCUGUACCGACCUCGAGCACAGCACACGAGGCACGCCUAUGAGCUACUGCUGUCUUUCAUGCAGAGCGCGCUUGGAGAUCAACCGAGGGACAUCCUCUGCGGGGCUUGUGAUGAGGUGUUAGUCGUGCUAAAGAAUGACAAACUGAAAGAUCUUGAAAAGAAGAAAGAGAUUGAGUUGCUGCUGGGGCAAAUCCCAGAUGAGAGAUUCGCUCUACUAGUUAACUUGGGCAAGAAGAUAACGGAUUUCAACAUAAGCGCCACAGCGGAGGGGAACACGGAAAUCGAUGAGACAUACGGUAUCAAUGUGCAGUUCGAGGAGUCCUCCGAGGAGGAUGAUGAGGAUGCUUACGGGGAGGUCCGUGAAGAAGACAAGGAAGACGGAGAAGGCUCUGAAAAUGAGAGGGAGAAGGAGAGUAGCGGAGAGGACAGCGAUGGAGAGGGCAAGAAGAACGCAAUACAUGCGAAUCUGACAGAGGAACAGUCGCAGAAGCGGCGAGACGCCGUACUCCAUCCGAUGGAUAUUGACGCGUAUUGGCUGCAGAGGAGGCUCUCGCGACACUUCCCAGACGCUAUGGUGUCGCAGGCCAAAGCGAGCGAAGUCCUGAAGGCUUUAGCGGAGGCGGCCGACGACAGGGACCUGGAGAACAGACUAGUUUUGUUGCUCGGAUAUGACUGCUUCGAGUUUGUCAAGACUCUAAAUAAAUACAGACAUAUGAUUCUUUACUGCAUACGACUGGCAUCGGCUCAGUCUGACAACGAGCGCGCCGCCAUACGCGAGGAGAUGUCGCGGCAGCCGCAUCUGCAGAAGAUACUGGCGCAGCUGGACACGGGCAAGGGGGACGAUGAGACCUCCCAACAAUCGGAAAUACCCCGCAAGCGGCACAAAGCGGAAGCGGACACGAGUGGGGGCAGCGCGGUGGGGGGCGCUCGCCGCGUGCUGCCGCUGGAGGAGCUGGUGUUCGCGGCCGGCGCGCACUUCAUGGCCAACAAGCGGUGCCAGCUGCCGCCUGGCUCCUUCAGGAAGCAGAGGAAGGGCUACGAAGAGGUUCACGUGCCGGCUUUGAAGCCAAAACCUUUCGACGAAGGCGAGACCCUCGUGGCGAUAGACAAGCUGCCUAAAUACGUUCAGCCUGCCUUCGAGGGGUUCAAGACUUUAAAUAGGAUUCAGAGUCGCAUAUCGAAAGCCGCCUUGGAAUCGGACGAGAACCUGUUAGUUUGCGCCCCAACCGGCGCCGGCAAAACCAACGUCGCCCUCCUGUGCAUACUGCGCGAGGUCGGCAGACACGUGAACGACGACGGCACUGUCAACGUGCACGACUUCAAGAUGAUAUACGUGGCGCCGAUGCGUUCUCUCGUACAGGAGAUGGUGGGCAACUUCAGCAAGCGGCUGGCUCCGUACAACAUGAAGGUGUCAGAGCUGACCGGCGACCACCAGCUGACGAGGGAGCAGAUCGAGGCCACCCAGCUGAUCGUGUGCACCCCGGAGAAGUGGGACAUCAUCACCAGGAAGGGCGGCGAGCGUUCCUUCACGAACCUGGUCCGGCUGAUCAUCAUUGACGAGAUCCACCUUCUCCACGACGAGCGCGGCCCCGUGCUCGAGGCGCUGGUGGCGCGCACUCUGCGCACCAGGGAGCAGACGCAGGAGGAGGUGCGUCUUGUUGGUCUGUCCGCCACUUUACCCAACUACACAGAUGUGGCGGCGUUCUUGCGCGUGAAACCCGAACACGGGCUGUUUUAUUUCGACAACUCGUUCAGACCCGUGGCCCUGGAACAGCAGUACAUAGGAGUGACCGAGAAGAAGGCGCUGAAACGGUUCCAAGUGAUGAAUGACAUUGUUUACGAGAAGGCCAUGGAGCACGCCGGGAGGAACCAGAUCCUAGUGUUCGUUCACUCGCGAAAAGAGACCGGUAAGACAGCGCGUGCGAUUCGUGACAUGUGCUUGGAAAAAGAUACGCUCGGACAGUUCCUGAGGGAAGGCUCGGCGAGCAUGGAAGUGCUGAGAACUGAAGCUGAACAGGUGAAGAACCCGGAACUUCGCGAGUUGCUGCCGUACGGUUUCGCCAUUCACCACGCCGGGAUGAGCCGAGUCGACAGGACCCUGGUCGAGGACUUGUUUGCUGAUAGGCAUAUUCAGGUGCUGGUAUCCACGGCGACGCUGGCGUGGGGCGUGAACCUGCCGGCGCACACGGUGAUCGUGAAGGGCACGCAGGUGUACUCGCCGGAGCGGGGCCGCUGGGCCGAGCUGGGCGCGCUCGACGUGCUGCAGAUGCUGGGCAGGGCCGGCCGGCCGCAGUACGACGACAAGGGGGAAGGCAUCCUGAUAACGAACCACUCGGAGCUGCAGUACUACCUGUCGCUGCUGAACCAGCAGCUGCCCAUAGAGUCGCAGCUGAUCUCCACGCUGCCGGACAUGCUCAACGCGGAGGUGGUGCUCGGCUCUGUGCAGAGCGUGCGCGACGCCGUCACGUGGCUCGGCUACACGUACCUAUACAUCAGGAUGCUUCGCCAACCGGCUUUGUACGGCGUCACGCCGGAGAAGUUGCAAGAUGAUCCGCUUUUGGAGUUGCACAGAGCUGAUCUAGUACAUACUGCUGCAAGUUUGCUGGACAAAGCCGGCUUAAUAAAAUACGAACGCAAAUCCGGUCACUUCCAACCGACGGAACUAGGCCGGAUCGCAUCACACUUCUACUGCACUUACGAGACAAUGCAGUCUUACAACCAGCUGUUGAGGCCGACAUUGGGCGAGAUAGAAUUGUUCCGCGUGUUCUCUCUCUCGGCUGAGUUCAAACACGUGACCGUGAGGGAGGAGGAGAAGCUGGAGUUGCACAAGCUGAUGGAGAGGGUACCCAUACCAAUCAAAGAGAGCAUAGAAGAGCCGUCUGCCAAAAUCAACGUUCUGUUACAAGCGUACAUUUCCCAGCUGAAGUUGGAGGGGUUCGCUUUGAUGGCGGACAUGGUGUAUGUGACACAGAGCGCUGCACGGCUCCUCAGAGCCAUCUUCGAGAUUGUUCUGCACAGAGGCUGGGCCCAACUGGUGGACAAGACGUUGGCGCUGUGCAAAAUGGUGGACAGACGAAUGUGGCAGUCGAUGUCGCCGCUCAGGCAGUUCAGGAAGAUGCCGGAGGAGGUAAUAAAAAAACUCGAGAAGAAGAACUUCCCGUGGGAGAAAUUAUAUGAACUCGGUCCGAACGAGAUCGGAGAGCUGGUCAGAGCUCCGAAACUCGGCAAGAUGAUACACAAGCACAUCAGACAAUUCCCCAAAUUGGAACUGUCCACCCACAUCCAGCCGAUCACCAGGUCCACUCUUCGUGUGGAGCUCACCAUCACUCCUGACUUCCAGUGGGAUGAGAAGGUGCACGGCCAAUCGGAAGCGUUCUGGAUCCUGGUGGAAGACGUGGACAGCGAAGUCAUACUCCAUCAUGAGUACUUCCUCCUCAAAGAGAAGUACAGCAAGGACGAACACCUUGUCAAACUGUUUGUGCCCGUUUUCGAGCCACUGCCGCCUCAGUGCUUCCUGAGAUUAGUCUCUGACAGAUGGAUAGGCGCCGAGACCCAACUGCCGGUGUCGUUCCGCCACCUCAUCCUCCCCGAGAAGAACCUGCCCCCCACCGAGCUGCUGGACCUCCAGCCGCUGCCCAUCACCGCCCUGAGGAAUCCUAAAUACGAGGAGCUGUACAACGAGAUAUUCCCGCAAUUCAAUCCUGUGCAAACGCAGGUAUUCAACGCCGUAUACAACUCGGACGAUAACGUCUUCGUCGGCGCCCCGUCUGGUUCUGGGAAAUCUGUUAUCGCUGAACUAGCGUUACUGAGGCUGCUGAGCGCCAGUGCGGGCGGCAGGGCGGUGUAUGUGUUGCCCAAGGACGCAUUGGCUGACAUUGUCUUCGCUGACUGGUAUCACAAGUUCGGUGCCCGGUUCAAUCUUAAGGUAGUUCAACUGACCGGCGAGACGGCCACAGAUCACAAACUAUUGAAUAAAGGGCAAAUAAUCAUCACCACCGCUGAGAAAUGGGACGUGUUAUCUAGAAGAUGGAAAGUGCGCAAGAGUGUACAAAGCGUGGCUCUGUUCAUAGUGGACGCUUUACAACUGCUGGGCGGCGAGGAAGGGCCGGUGCUUGAAGUUGUAUGCUCAAGAAUGCGGUACAUCGCAUCACAGACGGGCAAGCCUAUUCGCAUCGUGGCUCUGUCCCUCCCGCUGGCGGACGCCAGGGACGUCUCCCAAUGGCUCGGGUGUAACGCCAACGCCUCCUUCAACUUCCACCCCAGCGUACGGCCCCUGCCUCUGGAGUUGCACAUUCAGGGCUUCAACAUAUCCCACGCGGGCUCCCGGCUCGCGGCCAUGACGAAGCCGAUCUACAGCGCCGUGUGCCGGCACGCCGGCGGCCGGCCGUGCGCCGUGUUCGUGCCGUCCCGCCGGCACGCGCGCCUGCUGGCCGCCGACCUGCUGGCGCUGGCCGCCGCGCACGCCCGCCCGGCGCGCUUCCUGCACGCGCGCCCCGAGCUGGUGGCGCCACUGCUCAAGCGGGUCCAGGACAAGAUGUUGAAAGAAACCUUGUCAGCCGGCGUUGCCUACCUCCACGAGGGCGUCGAGCAGAACGACCGGCGCGUGGUGCAGCAACUAGUGGAGUCCGGGGCGGUUCAGCUGUGUGUGGUCGCCGCGGAGCUGGCGUGGGCCUUCGCGGCCCACGUCCACACUGUUAUAGUGGCCGACACCCAUGUUUACAACGGCAAACUACACGCGUACGAGCAAUACCCCAUCACUACGGUACUACAAAUGUUGGGCCGAGCGUGUCGCCCCGUGGAAGACGACCACUCAGUCGCCGUGCUGAUGUGUGUGGCUCAUCACAAGACAUUCUUCACGAAGUUGCUGAACGACUGUCUACCCCUGGAGAGCCACUUAGACCACAGACUACACGACCACAUGAACGCGGAGAUUGUCACGAAGACCAUAGAGAACAAACAGGAUGCCGUGGACUAUCUGACCUGGACCUUCCUCUACCGGAGACUGACUCAGAACCCAAAUUAUUACAACCUCCAAGGAGUCACUCAUAGACACUUAUCAGAUCACCUCUCCGAGCUGGUGGAGACCACCCUCACGGACUUGGAGCAGUCCAAGUGUAUAGCCAUAGAAGACGAGAUGGACGUCCAGCCUCUGAACCUGGGCAUGAUAGCGUCAUACUACUACAUCAACUAUACUACAAUUGAAUUGUUCAGCUUAUCACUCACCAGCAAGACCAAGAUCCGUGGUCUGCUGGAGAUCAUAUCCUCGGCGGCGGAGUUCUCCGAGCUCGUCAUCAGGCACCGUGAGGAGAACAUCAUCAAGGCCUUGGCCGCCAAAGUGCCCCACAAGCCCCAAGCGCCCUCUGGCGGCGUGGUGAAGUACAAUGACCCCCACGUCAAAGCCCACGUGCUGUUACAAGCCCAUCUCUCCAGGAUGCAGCUGCCGGCGGAACUGCAGGCCGAUACGCAGAAAGUGCUGGUCAAGGCGAUCCGACUGAUCCAGGCCUGCGUGGACGUGGUGUCGUCCUCCGGCUGGCUGUCGCCGGCCGUGGCGGCCAUGGAGCUGGCCCAGAUGGUCACCCAGGCUAUGUGGGCGAAGGACUCGUACCUGAGACAGCUGCCGCACUUCACUCAGGAGCUGGUGCAGAGGUGUAGCGAGAAGGGCGUGGAGACCGUAUUCGAUGUUAUGGAGCUGGAGGACAACGCCAGAGCGAAACUUCUGCAGCUGUCGCCGAGCGAGAUGGCGGACGUGGCGCGGUACUGCAACCGGUAUCCCAACGUGGAGCUCACCUAUGAGGUGAAGAAUCCGCGGCGGCUCAGCGCGGGCAAGUCCAUUAUUGUCGAGGUGUCUCUGGAGCGCGAGGAUGACGUAGGGCCCGUCAUCGCGCCGUUCCUGGCACAGAAACGCGAGGAAGGCUGGUGGGUGGUCAUCGGCGAGCCGAAAUCCAACAGCUUGCUCUCCAUCAAGAGAGUCUCGCUAGCUCGCUCCGCCAAGGUCCGCCUGGAUUUCGUCUGCGGAGCGCCCGGCAGGCACACCUACACUCUCUACUUCAUGUCGGACGCGUAUCUCGGAGCUGAUCAGGAGUAUAAAUUCACCGUGGACGUGGGUGAAGCUAAUUCAGAUUCUAGCGGAGAAGAGUAGAGUUAUAUAGAUUUUAAGUGAUUGGUUUCAAUAAAGUUUUAAAUUGUAA